UAGCUCUAUCCAUUCAUUGCUCUCUACAGUCCCACUGAGAUUAUUAUGCAAAUACUUUAAAUUCAAUCUGCUCAAUGAUUGAAUUAAAAUUAAACUAAAAGAUCUAGACAUUUCACCCCUUGAAGACUGAAAAUGCUCACCGACUUGAUAGAAGAAGAGUUUGAUAUUAAGGAGGAAGAACCGUGGUACGACCAUCAAGAUCUCGAACAUGAUCUUCAUUUGGCCGCUGAAUUGGGCAAAAAUUUACUGGAGCAGAACAGUGAGUUAGAACAGAGACUCCAAGAGAUGUAUACCACCAACCAGGAGCAGCUACAGGAAAUAGAGCACCUGUCCAAACAGGUGGAUUUGCUGAGGUCUGUAAAUGAUCAGCAUGCCAAGGUUUACGAACAGCUAGACUUAACAGCCCGAGACCUGGAGCAGAAAAAUCAAAGAUUGCAUCUAGAGAACCGAGCUGCACACCAAAAGAUUGAAGGGCUCACAGAGACUGUGGAUGGUCUGCAGAUGCAGUUGGAUGAGCUCCAGCGAGGAAUGAAGAAAUUUGUUUCUUCGGAACACAACCUGGCCAGUGCACACUCAGAAACCCCACUUCCUGAUAAUGUCCAGUGUCUCAAAUGCUGCAAGAAGUGCCAGUUGCACAAGUAUUCCCAUGAGCACUCCUAUUCAGCUUUGCGUGAGAAGGAGCACAUAGAUCUCCUGCGCUCCGUUCAUUCCCUGCAGACCGAGCUGAGCACAGAGCGUUCUCUGAGAGAGGCUGCAUGGCUGGAGGCGGACACUCUGGCGCACAACCUCAGCCAACUUGAGCCAGAACUGACACUGCUGGGAGACUACAAGGAUCGCCAGGCUGAGAUGGAGGCUGAAGUUGAGGAGCUACGGCGUAUUGUGCACUCGAACACCAGAGCUGAAGCCACAUGCACCCAGAACCAGCUGCCAGACCUUGUAUUCCUCUCCUCUGAGGAAGAAGUGGGUGGGGUCAGGCACAGGGGGUGUGGUCUGAAGCACUCUAGCACUGUCAAUGAGGAUGGGCGAGGCGGUUUUAAGCAAGCUGAUGAUGUGAAGCAUCACGGCAUCUCUUUGCUGAACGAGGUGGAUGCCCAAUACACGGCCCUGCAGGAAAAAUAUGUCACAUUGCUGCGCCACUGUGAGAGUGGGUUGGUGCAACAGAACCACAAAGCCAUUCAAACACCCGCCGCCAGCUCUGCCCAAACACACACACACUCUCAGGGCACAAGUGCACAGGACGAUGCCCCGCUACCGGAGUAUAAAGUCCUGUUUCAUGAGAUUUUCACCUUUAUUCAAAAGAGCAAAAAGGACCUGAUGGGAAACAGGAUCAAGCCCAGUAUGGUUGAAUGAAGGACCAUUAUGCAUCUACUUAAGAUUUUCCAAACCCUUGAUGAACUUGGCUUCUCUGCUAAAGGGCAUUAGUCUGACAGAAAUAUUUCAUCAGUAAGAUAGUUGCCUGAGCCAGCAGAACGCGUAAAGGUAUGAAACAACAUGAUAGAACAUGAUAGACAGAUAGACAUCUGAUUGCAUUUGCACUCUUUGAACCUGGAUUUAACAUUUACAGUUAUGCUAUACAGUUUUUUUUCCGAUUUAUCAUAACCGUUGUUGAUGUUCAAAUCACCAAAACAUACACGCCCCUUCCCCCAUCUUUCGCUUUUGUGAACGCUCGGCUCGACCUAUGUCCAUCUGUGCCCUGUGCACCUUACUGCUGAUUGGCUACAAGGUUGUUUUGGUACUCGGCCCGAGUUUGUCUAAACAAGCGUAAUUCGGAAAUCGGACACCCGCCUUAAAUCACACCAACAAACGUAUAACACAAUGAUCCACCGCAGAGCUACAGAAACAAUUAAGGCAAAGUUUAUGUCUGUAAUUUAACCAUUUUUGUGGAAAUUCUAUAAUUGUUUAUACUGCACAUUAUUAUAUAUUAUUCAUACAUAUUAUAGAUGGCUUGUAAAUAUUAUAGAUUUAUAUACAGUGUUUAAGUAAAAAUAUAGAUAAAGAUUAAAUAUAAGAGACUGAAAUAUUUGACAUUUUGUUUGAAUAUCACAAACAAUGAAACAUCCACAAACAGAUAAAAAAUGUCCUCUGAAAAUGUAAUUUUGCUGUUAUUUCAAACAGCAAAACAGCAAACAGCUUAUUUUUUUCUAAGGUCUAAUGAAGUUCAAACCUCAAUCAAUAAAUCUACGGUAGCCAAAGUUUCUCAUAACCCUUUUUGUUAUCAUUUUUGCUAUCAAUGAUCUUUGGAAGUUUCAGGACCAUAAAACUCAAUCAACCAAAAAUGUUUGUAUUGAGUUCAAAGGCAAUGAUAGGGCCUGUUCACUUAUGCAUUAGCAUAAUGCACCUUGCUCACUGCCCUUUUGUUUUCCAACAGCUAACAACACUGUGCAUGUGCUGUAAUGCAACAUUCAUGUUGAAAUCCCUUUGAACCAUAAGCAAAAGAUUUGAACCAGAAGCAAUAGAUUUUUCUUCUGCUCUGUCACAUAUCUCAGAUUAAAAUGUAAUAAUCAAAGAUAGAAAAAAUGGGUGAGGCUAGUUUUUUCAAAUGCUGUUAAUUGGCCCCUAUUCACCUGCAUUGGUUUUGUUUCAAUAUAAUAGACGUUAAUAGAAUAUAAUGCUGUUCGGUUACCAACAUUCUUCAGAAUAUCUUCUUUUGUGUUCUGCGGAAGAAAGUCAUACAGGUUUGAAAUCACAAGAGGGAGAGUAAGUGAUGACAGAGUUUUCAUUUUUGGGGAACUAUCAAUUUAAGUCAGGCAUUUUUAGUGUCCAAGUACUUCCUGGGGCCACAAAAAUAUGUUGUUUAUUUCCAAAGAUAUUUGUAUGUAGUUGCAUUUGUUGUGAAGUCACAUCAUGUUGCUAAACAUCAGAAACUGAGACAGCUGGUAAUAGUUGUGUGACAAGUCAUACUGGUCUAGUAAAACUCUGCAGUGAAGUAUAAAUCAUUUAAUCUUUUCAAAACGCAACAUGGACCUUCAACCGAGGAGCAUUUUUAGAUCCAGGACAUAAGUGGACAGCUGUCUUCACUCCGGGUAGAAAGGCUGCUUCUUAUCAAAGCACUUGAUAAGAUUUCAGAGUUAACCUGUAUGAAGUAACAUCUUUAUCAGAUAGACAGAGAACAGAACGCAAAGUAAAUAUGCUUCAUGUCUAAUGUCACUGUGCUUAUAUUUAAAAAUGUGAGACAAUCUGAUUUCAUACU